AUGAGCGCGUGCGCGACGGCCGCCAUGCGCGAAAAACACGCGGCGCCGCGCCGCCUCGCCUCGCCGCCUUCUUCUCCCCAUGACCACCACCUCAGCCCGAUCGGCUCCCCACGUGCCGAUGAGCCUCUCGACCUCAGAGUAACUCACAAACGCCCGCAACGAUUAGAAGACGAGAACUGCAACUUGAUCGUGCCGUCUCCACCACCGCACCCUACGCAUCCGGCUCACCCAGCACACCCAGCCUUGCUCCAGUUCUGUCGACGAUUACCGUUAGCUUUACCAGCCUCUUUUGGCCGCUACCCUUUCCUUCCAGCGGCGGCAGCAACUCUGCUCGCACCGGGUGCGCCACGACCGCCACCUGUCCCCCCGAACCCCGGAGCAAAUAGAGCCCGAGAUCGAUACACAUGCUCAUAUUGUGGCAAGGCAUUCCCUCGCAGCGCAAACCUGACCCGACAUUUAAGGACCCAUACAGGUGAACAGCCUUACCGCUGUAAAUACUGUGAACGGUCUUUCUCCAUUUCUUCAAACCUCCAGAGACACGUGAGGAACAUUCAUAAUAAGGAGCGACCAUUCCGAUGUCGUCAUUGCGAUCGCUGUUUCGGACAACAGACCAACCUAGAUAGGCAUCUGAAGAAACACGAAGCAGAAAAUGGAGAUGAAAGCCGUCGAAGAUCACCAGAAGAGACAUAUUUUGAAGAGAUUAGAUCGUUCAUGGGACGCGUGGCUCCAGCCCGUCGCACCGCCGCUGCGGCCGCAAGUGGCGUCGACCACACCUGA